ACUCCAGACGGAGCAGGAGCAGGAGCAGGCGACGCGAAGACAGGCGAUGGCCGGGUCCGAGACGGAGCAGGAGCAGGAGCAGAAGCGCGCGGCGGCCGCGGCGUACGACUACGAGGGCGACGCGCGCUGGGCCGACUACUGGUCCAACGUCCUCGUCCCGCCGCACCUCGCCUCCCGCCCCGACGUCAUCGACCACUUCAAGCGCAAGUUCUACCAGCGAUACAUCGAUCGUGACUUGGUGGUUGAGCCAAUGUCAUCAACUGGUUCCACUCAGCCCAGCAGGCCUGAAGUAAGGUCGUCAUCUUCAACAUCCAGUGACAAUGUUAGGGCUCGUAACUCAGGAUCUAGUUCCAGGUCAGCUGCACCGCCGCCACCACCAACACAAACAGGCAGGGCUGCAACUCCUUUACGGUUCGAUGGACGGACUAUUCACUUCUCCAUUAAUGCCUGGGUACUCGUAGUUGCAGGUCUGGGAAUGCUUCCAAUUUUGCCAAAACAUCUUGCAGACAGAGCUUGCAAACUUUCAUUGCUGGGAACAAUAUUCUCCUCGGCAUAUUCGCUAUACAGUACUUAUGGGAAACCAAAAGUAUGGAACAUGCCUGGAAUUCAGAGUUGGUUACAGUCUGUUCUUGGAACCAAGGAUUUUAUCCAUUUGAUGUUCUCUCUUAUGCUCUUCACAUCUCAGCUGCACUUAAAGAUUGCUGCACUACCUGUGCUUUGCUGGGCACUUGAUCAUGUUGCCAGAUUCCUAAGGCGCAAUUUCACUCAUUCCUCUUUUUAUAGGAAAUACUUGGAAGAACCUUGUCUUUGGGUAGAGACAAAUAACACUACACUGAGCCUGCUUAGCUCAAAUGCUGAAAUUGCACUGGGUUUUCUUCUGAUCAUAUCAUUGUUUUCGUGGCACCGUAGCAUAAUUCAGACAUUCAUGUACUGGCAGGUGCUGAAGCUCAUGUACAAUGCUCCUGUGACAUCUAGCUAUCACCAGAACGCUUGGGCACAAAUUGGUUGGAUUGUAAAUCCAUACAUCCAUCGCUACGCCCCAUUCCUCCAGACGCCCAUUUCUGCAGCCCAAAGAUGGUGGUUCAGAUAGAGAGACAGAUGGAAAAAUCAUAUCUGCUUCUAAAUUCUGAGGUGCUCCAGUGGUUUCAGACAUUGACACGAAACAUAGCACGGUGUUGCUUUCUUCUGUAACGCAGCUGUGCACUAUAACCCUUGCACGUAGUGACUUGCACGAUUACUAUUCCUCUGAAUUCUGGAAGGUGCUUAUCACAACAAGCGCGGUGCUGUAUGCCUGUAUACUCUGAAAGGGAUACCUUGAACAGGGAUCACGCACUGAAUUGUAA